AUGAGAUUUAGAGACUUCUUACCUGCAGGCAUCUUUAAGCUGUCACCGGUGAAGGUGGCGCUUUGCCACAAGGGAUUUGAUCGUUUACUCGCUACUCACUUCUACACGCAGAUAGUCCGAUCACAACUCGAAUAUGGUCUAGCUAUUAGUCUACUCAGUGCAAAGGAUAUGCAACAACUGGAAUCUUGUCAAAACAUAUGUAUAAGACGGGUAUUUGGUGGCUCUAGUCAAUCAUCAGUAAAGGUGAUACUUCAUAUGGUAAACCAGCCAUCGAUGAAGGCCCAAUUCGUCUUCCCUACUAUUGAUUUACCGGAUGAUACUUUGCUCGCUAAAUUACUUCCCGAGCUUCAAGCUUCCACCUUCAACACUCAAUAUUUUCAUCAACUACGUGGCAAAACACAUUCUGUCUUGCUUUCCGCUUGCCGCCAUAAUCUGAUUAUUGAUCCAAUACUCUGGUUACCCAUGACACACAGUGAGCGUAGUCGAACUAUUCGUUGGCGUCUUGGUUGGUUACCCAGAGGAAUACCUAAAGCCUGCCUAUAUUAUCCUUAUGUACACUUUUAG